AACGACGUGCAGGAGAUGAUCAAGACGGAGAAGCCGCACCCGGAGCGCCGGCUCCGAGGGGUCCUGGAGGAGCUCAGCAGCGGCUGCCUGCGCUUCCUGACCUUGGCUGACAAGGACCAGCACCACUCGUCCCGCACCAGGCUGGACCGGGAGAGGCUCAAAUCCUGCAUGAGGGAGCUGGAGAACAUGGCCCAGCAGGCCACGGCCCUGCGCUCCCAGGUCAAGAGGAACACCAUGAAGGACAAGCUGAAGCUGGUGCAGAACUUCCUGCAGAAGCUGCGGUUCCUGGCAGACGAGCCCCAGCACACGAUUCCCGACGUUUUCAUCUGGAUGAUGAGCAACAACAAGCGCAUCGCCUACGCCCGCAUCCCUUCCAAGGACAUCCUGUACUCCGUUGUGGAUGAGGAGAUGGGCAAGGACUGCGCCAAAGUGAAGACAGUUUUCCUCAAGCUCCCUGGGAAGAGGGGCUUCGGCCCUGCUGGCUGGACAGUCCAAGCCAAGAUGGAGAUCUACCUGUGGCUGGGCCUCAACAAGCAGCGCAAGGACUUCCUGAGCGGCCUCCCCUGUGGGUUCGAGGAGAAGAAAACCCCCCGAGGACAAAACCUGCCCUCCUUCCCACCCAUCAGCCUCCUGUACACCAAGAAACAGGUGUUCCAGCUGCGAGCCCACAUGUACCAAGCCAGGAGUUUGUUUGCAGCCGACAGCAGCGGCCUCUCGGACCCCUUCGCACGGGUCUUCUUCAUUUCCCAGAGCCAGUGCACCGAGGUUCUCAACGAGACCCUGUGCCCAACCUGGGACCAGCUCCUGGUGUUCGACAACGUGGAGCUGUACGGGGAAGCUCAUGAGAUGCGGGAUGACCCCCCCAUCAUUGUCAUCGAGAUCUACGACCAGGACACUGUGGGAAAAGCCGACUUCAUGGGCCGGACGUUCGCCAAGCCGGUGGUGAAGAUGUCGGAUGAGGAGUACUGCCCUCCACGCUUCCCACCACAGCUGGAAUAUUACCAGAUCUACCGCGGCAACGCCACAGCUGGGGACCUGCUGGCUGCCUUCGAGCUGCUCCAGAUCGGCCCUGGGGGUAAAUCAGACCUGCCCCCCAUCGAUGGCCCCACGGACAUGGACCGAGGUCCCAUCCUGCCAGUGCCUCUGGGAAUUCGGCCGGUGCUGAGCAGAUACAGAGUGGAGAUCUUGUUCUGGGGGCUCAGGGACCUGAAGAGAGUGAACCUGGCCCAGGUGGACCGGCCCCGUGUGGACAUCGAGUGUGCCGGGAAGGGCGUCCAGUCUGCCCUGAUCCAGAACUACAAGAAAAACCCCAACUUCAGCACUUUGGUCAAGUGGUUCGAGGUGGACCUCCCGGAGAACGAGCUGCUGCACCCGCCCCUGAACAUCCGCGUGGUGGACUGCCGCGCCUUCGGGCGCUACACCCUGGUGGGCUCCCACACCGUCAGCUCCCUCCGCAAGUUCAUCUACCGCCCGCCCGACAAGAAAGCCGAGCACUGGAACAUGGCAGCCAAACACCUCAAUGGCUACCUGGCCAUGACCAGCAGGGCCCAUCGCUCUCGCCCCACAGGGGAGAUCGUGGUCAACAUGGAACCCGAGGUCCCCAUCAAGAAGAUGGACACGAUGGUGAAGCUGGAAGCUAAUUCCGAUGCAGUGGUGAAGGUGGAUGUGACCGAGGAAGAGAAGGAGAAAAAGAAGAAGAAGAAGAAAGGAGGAGGAGGAGGAGGAGGAGGAGCAGGAGGUGGGGAGGAAGUGGAGGAGGAGGAGCCGGAUGAGAGCAUGUUGGACUGGUGGUCCAAGUACUUCGCUUCCAUUGAGACGAUGAAGGAGCAACUCCGGCAGCAGGAAGCGGCGGCGGCAGAAGCAGAGGAGAAGGAGGAGAUGGAGAUUGGAGAGGGUAAGGCUGGGAGGGAGAGAGGGAACACAGCAGGGAAGGACAAGUCCAAGGUGCCCAAAGAUGACAAGAAAAAGAAGCAGCAGCCUGUCCCUGAGCUCCCCGAGAAGAAGAACAAGCAGAAGAUUGAUGAACUCAAGGUCUUCAACAAAGAGCUGGAAUCAGAGUUUGACAACUUUGAGGACUGGCUGCACACCUUCAACCUGCUCCGGGGGAAGAUUGGGGACAACGAUGACAACGCCACAGAGGAGGAGCGAAUAGUGGGGAGGUUCAAGGGCUCCAUGUGCGUCUACAAAGUGCCGCUCCCCGAUGACAUCAGCAAGGAGGCAGGAUAUGACCCCACCUUUGGGAUGUUCCAGGGGAUCCCCAGCAAUGACCCCAUCAACGUGCUGGUCCGAGUCUACGUCAUCAGGGCCACGGAUCUCCACCCAGCUGACAUCAACGGGAAAGCCGAUCCCUACAUCGCCAUCAAGCUGGGCAAGACGGACAUCAAGGACAAGGAGAACUACAUCUCCAAGCAGCUGAACCCUGUUUUUGGGAAAUCCUUCGACAUCGAGGCCACCUUCCCCAUGGAGUCCAUGCUGACCGUGGCUGUGUACGACUGGGAUUUGGUGGGCACUGACGACCUCAUUGGGGAGACCAAGAUCGACCUGGAGAAUCGCUUCUACAGCAAGCACCGGGCGACCUGCGGCGUGUCCCAGACCUACUCCAUCCACGGGUACAACACCUGGCGUGACCCCAUGAAGCCCUCCCAAAUCCUGUCCAAGCUGUGCAAAGAGGGAAAAGUGGAUGGGCCGCACUUCGGGCCUGGGGGAAGAGUGAAAGUUGCCAACAGGGUCUUCACCGGCCCCACGGAGAUUGAGGAUGAAAAUGGCCAGAAGAAGCCGACAGAUGAGCACCUGGCACUGGCAGUGCUGCGGCACUGGGAGGACAUCCCGCGAGCUGGCUGUCGCCUCGUCCCCGAGCACGUGGAGACGCGGCCGCUGCUCAACCCCGACAAGCCGGGCAUCGAGCAGGGCCGCCUGGAGAUGUGGGUGGACAUGUUCCCCAUGGAUAUGCCAGCGCCUGGCCCUGCCAUUGAUAUUUCUCCUAGGAAACCAAAGAAGUAUGAGCUCAGGGUGAUCGUGUGGAACACCGACGAGGUCAUCCUGGAGGACGAUGACUACUUCACCGGGGAGAAAUCCAGUGACAUUUUUGUCAGGGGGUGGCUGAAGGGGCAGCAGGAGGACAAGCAGGACACGGAUGUCCAUUACCACUCCCUCACUGGUGAAGGCAACUUCAACUGGCGCUACAUCUUCCCCUUCGACUACCUGAUGGCCGAGGAGAAGAUCGUCAUCUCCAAGAAGGAAUCCAUGUUCUCCUGGGAUGAGACCGAGUACAAGAUCCCGGCCCGCCUCACCCUGCAGGUCUGGGAUGCCGAUCACUUCUCAGCCGAUGAUUUCCUGGGGGCCAUCGAGCUGGACCUGAACCGCUUCCCCCGGGGAGCCAAGACGUCCAAGCAGUGCAGCCUGGAGAUGGUGACCAACGAGGCUGAGCUGCCCAUGAUCUCCAUCUUCAAGCAGAAGCGGGUCAAGGGCUGGUGGCCGUUCGUGGCCAGAGAUGAGAACGAUGAGCUGGAGAUCACCGGCAAAGUUGAGGCUGAGCUGCACCUUCUGACAGCGGAGGAGGCUGAGAAAUCCCCUGCUGGGCUGGCUCGGAAUGAGCCUGAUCCCCUGGAGAAACCCAACCGUCCAGACACGUCAUUCAUCUGGUUCCUGAACCCGCUCAAGUCCAUCAAAUACCUCAUCUGCACCCGCUACAAGUGGCUCAUCAUCAAGAUCGUGCUGGCCCUGCUGCUCCUCAUCAUGGUGGCCCUGUUCCUCUACAGCAUGCCCGGAUACAUGGUCAAGAAGCUGCUGGGAGCAUGAAGGGCUGGAGCGUCUCCCAUGUCCCCAGCCCCAGGCUCAACCUUCCCAGCUCCGUGUCCUUCUCCUCCCUGUGACCUCUGGGCAGCCCUGGGGGCAUCUCCUCCCUGCUGCUGCUGCUGCUGUGGGGUCUCCUCUUUGCAUUCCUUCUCUGUGGGUCCCACUCAGUGCCAGGGAAAUGGGGCAGGAGCAUGGCAAAGAUCC